GAAUGAGACGUCACUCACUGCUCUAUCACGUGACAUCGGAGAAGUCGUGACUAAGGGGAGUGUGUCGAGGCGGAGGUUAUUCAGAGUUCAACAAAAUAUACGUGAAGCGGUUCAGAGAAAUAGUAGACAAUGGAAGACAUCAUUAAACGAAGUGAUCAGUGACAAGAAAGAAUCUACUAAAUCAAAAGAACAAAUUAUCUGUCAUGACAACUAGAAGGGCAAAGCUACAGAUUCGACCCAAUACAGGACAAAGUAUUCGAGACAGUACAGAUGCUACAGCCAGAAAAACUAAUUUGACAAAAAAGCCAGCCUUAAAGAAAAAUGAAAAUUCUCUUAAUGUAUUACAAAAUGGCAUUGAUAAAACAACUGAUUUGCAAACUGUAGAAUGUGUUGAAAAAACUAUAGAUUCAUUCCCAAAAGAACAAGAACAAAUCUCAUUACAAAAAGAAUUAAAUUCAAUUCCUAAAUCUCCAUUAAUAGAGAAAAAAGUUGAUAUAAAUCAACAGAAUCAGUCAUUGUUGUCUCAUAAUGGAACUGUACAUAAGCCAAAGGAUGAGAUUCUUCAGGAUAAAAUUAUAGAAGAUAUAACUGAACAAUGUGAAAAAUCUUCUGUAAAGUCUGACUUUUGUGAUAAAGAAUUAAAUAGUGAUAAGGAUAUACCAUCAAAAGAAACUUCAGAAGUUACACCUAGCAAAAUAGCAACCGAAACUGUUGAAAAUAAUGAGGUAACAAAUAAUACGUCACCUGUGAAAACCAGUGAGAAGAGUGUGUCAAGGCGGAGGUUAGUUAGAGCUCAACCAAAUAUACGUGAAGCGGGUCAGAGAAAUAGUAGACAGUGGAAGGCAUCAUUAAAUGAAGUGAUCAGUGAAAAGAAAAAAUCCAUUAAAUCAAAAGAACAUGUUGUUUCAAAUCUUGGAAGUCCUACAUCAGAAAACAAUAAAAUCUCCUCACCAACUAAAGCAAUAACUUUAGCAACUAACACAAAGCAAUAUAUAAGUCCUCAAAGUACUUCACCAGUUGCCUCAGAAAAGAAAAAUGUAAAUAAAUCAAAUGAUGAUGAAGUAUCAAAAAAGCGCAAUAGACACAACAAAAAACCACCGGAACAUAGUAAAAUGACGAUGAUAGAUUUAAUUUAUUGGAAUCCACCAAAUAAUCCGAUGAGUCAAAAGAAAGAAAAUAAAGGAUUAAAUACAGUGACCGUAUUACAGCCAACCGAGGAAGAAGAAGGAGUUGAUGAUCCUACUCUUUCAAGUAGUGAAAAUUUGGAGGAGCAGGAAGAAUCUGUACCCGGGCCACGAGUGAUGGUUGGUCCAAAUGGAGAAAUUAAAAUUAAUGAAGAUUCGUUAGUUAUUCUAACAAACAAUAAUAAUAACACUUCAACAACAAAAACAGUUGAAGAGGUUUUUGAAUCUACAUAUACUUCUUUUAGAAAAAAGAGGACAAGACAUUUUUGGAAAAAUAAAGAAACAAUAAAAUUUUUUAAAGCAUUAAGUGUUGUUGGGACAGACUUUAGCUUAAUGCAAAACCUUCUUCCAAAUAGAACUAGACAGGAGUUAAAGAAUAAAUUUAAAAGAGAAGAGAGACUAAACAGAAAGUUAGUUGAUAGAGUACUGAAAGAUCCUCAGCAAUUUGAUUUAACUGGAUUUGAUGAUGAUGAUGGUUCAAACUACAGUAGUGAAGAAGAAAAAUCUAAAAGAAAAAGUUUGAAAGAUUUGAACCCAAAAACUAAAGUCAAAAAACGAAAAAAGAUAAGAGUCUUGAUAAAGGUAGUAAAUUGACUUAAUUUCAGUUUGGUGUAAUAAUAAUAAUUUGGUAACUCUUUAUCAUAAUCUACAUCAGUUGUACAGAGUUAUUUAAAGCACAUUGAUAUCUGUUAAUUGCAUUCUAAUCUUUUGUUAAUCAUAUUUGGCAUAAAAAGUUGAUAAUCACAACUCAAAAGGAUUAAGUGGUGUAUUUAGGUAAUAAAGGAUCAUAUAUCAUUACUUAUGUUAUUGUAUAAGUCAAGAGACAUUUUGGCAAUGUUUAUUUUUAUAUUUUUAAUUUUUAUGUGAUGCAAAAAUUAGAGCCUGCAAUAAGUCUAAAUAAAUUCAAAUAUAUGCAGAGAUGAAAUUGUUAGAAAAGUUGCUUCUAGCCUUUGAUAAUUUAAUUAAUAUAAUUAUACCAACAAUCGUGAAUCAGAAAAUAGUCCAAAAUGCAUUUUGGGUUUUUUUCGUUUCCAUACUUCCAUACAUUUUUUGUGUUUAUUAAAUGUUUUCACUUUGAUUCCUGAGCAUUUGUGCCCAUCAUUGGUCUGAUAAGCCCUCACUAUUAUCUGCCUUACGGUUGUUGAUAAUUUAAUUAAUACUUACAGAGAUAUAAAUAUUGCUUAAAAUUUUUAAUGUGAAUUCAUUGAUGAAAUAUACAUGGGAUAAUUUGAAAGCUGUAUCAUAAUAAACUCAUUAGUUGUUCUAGGACAUAAUGCUACUUUCUUGUAUUGCAAAAGAAUUGAGACAGAGCCAGAAAGAAAGAGGCAAUCCUUGUAUAUGAUGGUUGUGGACAGGCAAACUUUGCACUUGCCUUCACAAAAGAGACUAUACUUAUACAUGUAGAUCAGUGGUUCCCAAUUAGUUUUUCCUGCGUACCACUUCAAGAAAAAGCUCAAACUCGCGUACCCCUUAUAGGAGAAAUACAUAUUAAUCCAUACUAUUAUUAUAAAUUUGAAGGUAAUUCUGUCCGUCUGUCAUUUUUUCAUGUCUAAACCGCUGAACAGGUUUUAAUACAAUUUGGCACAGAGAUAGCUUACAUGUUGGAGAUGGACAUAGGCUACACUUUACUGCGAGAAAAUAUCUAAUUCCCACGAGAAAAUUCGAUA